GGUCACAGCUGCUGAGGGACAUCCAGGAUCUGUGUGAGCCUCGCUCCCCUGCCUCAGCCAUGCACCUCUGUGGAAGAGAAGUGCUGCUGACGGGGCCCGACCCACCAGAUUGUCAGAAGCAGCUGAAGAAGAAACAGAAAAACCGGGUGGCCGCCCAGCGCAGCCGGCAGAAGCACACAGACAAGGCAGACGCCCUGCACCAGCAGUACGAGACCCUGGAGAAACACAACCACACCCUGCGGAAGGAGAUCCAGGCCCUGCAGGCUGAGUUAGGGUGGUGGACUYGCACUCUACAGCUGCAUGAAUGUGUGUGCCGCCUGGACUGUGCCUCCCGCCCAGCACUGGAGMCUGCUGGCUGCUGGGCUUGUCCCCAGCAGCCCCUGGGACAAACCACUGCCCGUGGGCAACAUGGCUGCCUGAAGCAGAAGGGCCUGAUGCAGACUCCAGUCUCCUCUUCCCCAGCUCAGCAACUUUCUCCAGGUCCACACUCUCAGGAUUCCCCUGGCCUUCUCCCACCCCUUCUGCCUUUGCUGUCCUUUGGCCCUGCCAUGGGGACGGCACCACCUGCCCAACUGUCCCUCAGGCCUGACCUGUCUGCCCCACCCGCUGGCUCUGGCCCGUUGGAGACUUCCUCUAAGCUCGGUGCCCUCCUGCCCAGCCCUCCAGCCCGGCCGGCCCCUCCACAGCCCCUGGGGCCGGAGCACCCCAUCAGGGGGCGACUGGAGUCCUCUCCCCACAACCCUUCAGCUGCUCCAGGGCCUGCGUGUCUGCAGAGGAGGGAGCCUGUUCUCUCAGCCCCAGACUGGCAAGGGCCUGCAGGGGGGCCCGGCUCUCAGCCCCUCCUGGCCUUCCCCCUCCUCUCCUCUGCCCAAGUCCACUUCUAACCUGCUCCCAGGAAUGGAGCUGCCUCCUCCUUAGGCCCAGGAAGCAGCCUYAGCAACCAGGUGCCUCCUUUGCUGCUGGAAGGUUUCCUUGUUGGUGGACCAGCUGGGCCAGGAUUUCCCUGGGGAAAAGGAAGCCAUCGCUGAGAGCCUACCGCUGCCGCAGCCCCUGCCACCACCAGUAUGUCAUUCCAACCUCCCAGUCACCUAUGAAACAGAGACUACCAUUCCACUGUUCCAAACAAGGAAACAGAGACUCAGAGAAGUCAAGCGACAYGUUGAACAUUACACAGCCUGUCUUAAUUUGUUAUUUUUAUUUUUAUUGUUAUUUUAUUUUUAUUAGUUUCUCACGCAGCCUUUCUUAGACUUGAAACACUCUCAUUUGCUGUCCUGGUAAGAUCCCGGACCAGGGCCCACGGGUCUGAAGUCCUGAGAACUGAGGGCUGGUAUAAGGAGGUUCACUGCUGGGAGCMGAGAGGGCUCUCCCCUCUGCUGUCCAGCUGCCCUGGCUGGGGACAAUCCAGAGUUCACAGUGGGCGAGGAGAAGCCCAGAAGCCCAGGAGAAGACGCUUGCGUCAUCCCAGGAGUCUUUCCAGUGCCGAGAAACCACUGUGGAGGCC